AUGGACGGAGACACACAUCAAGAAUACUAUUUCUAUGGGAAUGAAAACUACACUGACAAUGAUUCAAUUUUUGAUAUCACACCAUGUGAACCCCAAACCCUUUCUGGCUCUGAGUUCUUUUUGCCUACCAUUUAUUUCUUGAUAUUUUUAACUGGAUUUUUUGGCAACCUUUUUGUGAUCUUUGUGGUGCAAAGCAAGAAGAGAGGCAGUCGACUGGUCGACACCUUUGUUAUCAAUUUGGCUGUGGCGGACCUGGUGUUCGUGGUCUCGCUGCCACUGUGGGCCAUUUCUGCCAGCCAGAAGAACUACUGGAACUUUGGGAACUUUCUGUGCAAACUGAGCAGCUACAUAAUUGCUGUGAACCGCUUCUCCAAUAUCUUCUUUCUUACCUGCAUGAGCAUUGAUCGUUACCUGGCCGUUGUGAAACUGAUGGACUCGAAGUACCUCAGGAGUAGCUGGUGCGUUUGGGUGACUUGUGCUGUAAUCUGGGGAAUCUCCCUGGUGCUUGGCAUCCCAUCUCUGAUCUACCGGAAAAUGAGUUAUGAUGGAAAGAUCUGCACAGAAGAUAUAAAUUCAACAUUUUUUUUGGGAACUAAUCUGAUCAUGGCCUUACUCACCUUUAUCUUUCCAGUCUUUAUCAUCGUGCUCUGCUAUGGCAACAUCAUCAUGCACCUCAAUAAGCACAGCGCUGCUGCUGGAAACCCACGAGCCGAUGCGCGCCGAAAACACUCCCUGAAGAUAGUCCUCUGCAUCAUAGUGGCCUUUGUGGUGUCCUGGCUCCCCUACAAUGUUUUUAAAUCCAUCAUAGUUAUUUCACAUCUCACAGGAGCUGAGCUCAGUUGUGAAACUGAAUCAUGGCAACUCAAUGGGCUCACCAUCUCCUGCUGCCUGGCAUUCCUCAACAGCUGUGUGAACCCAGCCAUUUACUUUUUCCUGGACCAUCACUUCAGACGAAGCGCCGAGACCAUGUACAAAACCUGCUUAAGAAAGCCGAAGCUGCUGCAGAGCUUCAACUCUUCAGCUUCGUUCACCAAUGGCUUCACUUCAGAGAGCAAUGGAACAACUAAUGGGAGAAGUCAAUUUCAAAUGGCUUAGUGGGAGGAGAAGGCCAAUUACAAUCAUGAACUCUGAAAGUGGUAAAUUAAUCAUUUUAUUAGCAACUUAAGAUCAGUAUUACAUCUUGUUUUUAUAUCUCUUUUUAUAGAU